GGAACGCGAGCGAUUUUUUUUUCAUGCUGUAGCGGCCAAUCAGCGAGGUCGUGCUGGUAUUCAUGAUGUCAGCCCACUUCGGGGUUUCCCGUAAAAUCAACACCCGUUCGCCUUGCACGAUGGAUUUCGUUGAGCCUGUAGCUUCGAGUCAACGAUCCAUUUUGGUCUUCGUGUACUUGUUCGCUAUCGUCUGUGGCUUUCAAACCACCUCGGCAGCUGAUGGAAACUAUGAUCUUGUGUUGGUGGCCGACCUGAGCAGACGCGAGAUUUUCGUCGCCCCGGCGUUGACCUUCAACUUCACACGGAUCCCAGGUCUUGCCAUCCAACCGUUCGACGUAGACUACGACCCCGUUGAUGCCAUGGUGUAUUGGACAGACGGUAGGAACGCCAUCAGCCGUGCGUUUUUGGAUGGGUCUGGAUUUGAGGUUUUGUUGUCUGAUCUUGAAGCUCCAGAGGGACUUCGUCUAGACAUCGUGAAUCGUGUAAUAUACUGGACUGACAGUGGCAGCGAUCUGAUUGAGAGAGCUACCAUGGACGGCCAGGAACGAUCCGUGGUCGUCAACCUGACUCAUCCGUCAUUGGGCGACGUAAAGCCAAGAUCAAUUGUUCUGGGCGCUGACAACAGGUAUCUUUACUGGACUGACUGGGGGGUCAACCCGAAGAUUGAACGAAGUGCUACCGACGGAUCUGAUCGACGAGUGUUGGUGGACACAAAUCUCACAUGGCCAAAUGGUCUGGCUUUGGACCCCCAAGGACAAAGACUGUACUGGUGCGACGCCCGCACACAUCUCAUCGAGUCAUCCGAUCUGCUAGGUGGUGAUCGUCGAACGCUCCUAAAUCUCCCCGUGGACUACGAACCUUUCGACAUCGGUGUGUACAACGGCUGGGUAUAUUGGACAGACUGGGCCUUUAGGACAAUCGUUCGUCUGGAUUCCAUGCUUACAAGUGUAACUCGCCAUGGUUCAAAAAGCUUUACAAGAGCUGGCGGACUUCGAAUUUACAAAGACAUGAUGGAAGACCACACUUGUCAGCAACUAAUGCCUUGUCAGUACGGUGGGCGUUGCCGUCAGUAUUCUUCCCACUAUGAAUGCGUGUGCAGAGAUGGAUUUACGGGCACCAACUGCGAGCUGGAUCUUGUCUGUCCGGCCAGUUUCCAAGUUUUGGCCCAACCAGGUUUUACUGAAACCCAUGUGAGCUGGAAGGAGCCGGUUUUAACCGGCUACGAUGGACCAAGUAAUGUUACUUCCAAUGCCACUCCUGGUGCCGUAUUUGACAUAGGACUGCACGAAAUUGUUUACCGCCAGAGGUUUGAGUCGUACCAAAUUUUGUUACAGUGUUCUUUCACUGUAGAGGUUGUGGGUCGAUGUGCAUCGAACACCACUUAUGAAGGCCCCAGAACCCUCACGUGGCUUGCAACAAUUGCAGGUUUCACAGCAAAGUCUGUUGAGAGAUGCCAGCUUUCAACGCAGAACGCUGGUCAGCCUCUUGCUGUGAGGAACUGCUCAGUCGUAGGUCCGCCUGUGUUCUUUCAGUGGAACACGCACGAACUUCGUAGCUGCGGUGAGGCAAAGAAUGAGGUCACCAUUCAAGAUGUUACAGAGGUUGAAGUGAGUCAAGGAAACGUGGUUGAAGUGGCCGAAUUUCUAGCAAACCAGACCUCGGAGUCAACUAAGGAUGCCGAAGAUGUGCGGGCAGUUUCUAAAAUUUUGGAGAACAUUGUCCAAGUUGAGUCUGGAGACGUUAAGGUAACGAGAUCAGUGGUCAAGACUGUGAGCAAUGUUAUUCAGAGCGUAAAGACCACUCCCGAUCAAUCUGUUGAUGAUGCUGGUAGCUCGUCUGCCAUCGUCCAGUCUGUGGAGACUCAAGUCUCCUUGACGCUUCAGCAGGAAGGUCAGGUCAGAAUACAGCAGGACACUGUCCACGUCGAGGCGGUCAGUCUAGCCCUCAAAAAGGCCAGCGGCGGAUUCAGCUUCGUGUCCACACCACAGUCUCCGGGUCAGCAAGAUAGUUCAGAUGGACGACAGAGAGGGACACUUACUGGUACCGAGGUUAAGACAUUUGAAAAUGCCAGUGACAUACCGAAGGAUGUGGUAGCUGCCAUUGGGUUACCAGCUAACAUUGUUGAUUUGCUUCAGUCUUCCGAUGAUAACAGCUCCAAGUCUCUUCGAGCUAGUUUCAUCUUAUACGCAGACGAUACUUUGUUCAAGUCAGCAAAGAUCGAGGGUUAUGAAGAAGUGAAUGGCUCCAGCGUCCGUAUUGAAGGAGCAAUUGUCUCACUUAAUGUACAAGAGGUUGAGUUGGUCAACCUCACUGAACCAGUGGUUAUUGAAUUCCAGACUCCUGCGAUGAAUGAAACGGAGAGGAACAGGACCACCAUCCGCUGCGUCUUCUGGGAUUUUGACCUGAAUGAUGGUGUCGGUGAUUGGUCGACAGCCGGCUGUAAAUUGUCAUUUCAGACCGAUGACAAAGUGUCCUGCCAGUGCAGUCACGCAACCAACUUUGCUGUCCUACUCGAUGUAAAGGGCCAAGAACCAAAUGGAAAAGAUCCUGCUACAAAAGCGCUCGAUGUCAUCAGUCAGGUUGGCUGUUCCUUGUCGAUCAUAGCUCUGUCUGUCACGCUGAUUAUAUACCUAGCUAACAGGAGGUUGCGAAGCGGCAUAUCUCGUCAGAUUUUCAUCCACUUCUGCAUCUCGCUAUUGAUGCUGUAUAUUGUGUUCCUGGCUGGUGUUGACAAUGCACAGGGCUCUGGAGGUGGUUGUGUGUUUGUGGCUGCUUUACUCCACUAUUUGACUCUGUCCACUAUGAUGUGGAUGGCUGUUGAAGCCAGAAACAUGUACAUCAGUACGGUGACGGUAUUCCCAGAGAACAGGUCUCGGUACAUGUUGAAGGUUUGCCUCGUUGCAUGGGUCUCUCCGUUGAUUAUCCUGACGAUUACAUUGGCAGCAGCAACAGAUCACUAUCAGAACGAACAUUAUUGUUUCCUGCGUCCUGGUCUGGUGUUGUAUCUCAGUCUUCUGGUCCCGAUUGGUCUCAUCCUCAUCCAUAACAUCGUCACCUUCGUCUUGGUCAUGCGUAGUCUCCUGGAAGUCAAAGAGGCAUCUCGCUCCCAGCAGAUCUCCAAACGCCUCCAAAAUGCAGUGGGUAUCUCCGCCCUUAUGGGGUUGACCUGGUGUUUUGGAUUCCUUGCCAUUGAAGGAGCGACCUUUACCUUCCAGCUCAUCUUCUGUCUGACCAACUCCUUACAGGGUGUGAUUGUGUUCGUGAUGUUUUGUGUUCGACCGGAGGAAGUUCGUGCCGUGGUGGCGCCCUACUUCAGUCGUAUUUGCUGUGGCUACGACUGUCGCCUACCGAAGCUGCGCCCCACGCUGUCCAACGACCUUCAGCUGACAUCUGAAUCAGCACCUUACUCCCCAAGUAACACACAAGCAACAAAAUGUGAGUCCUUCACCGCGGAAAUACAGGAUUUGGGUCGAUCGCCAGUCAUCUGAAAUGAUUCGUCCUCGGCCUAAAAUUCGUCUGUGAUUCCAGUCGAAGCCUCUUGCAAAAUACAAUCCUAAAGCACAAGUCUUAAUUGGACAAGCCUUUCUUUAGGGAUUUUCCCGUCUUGAAAAACCUUGCUUCAUCCUUUUUUCACAAAUGAUGCACGAGUAGUUUAAGCAGAAAAUUAGCUAUUAGGCUACCUGGAUUUAUAACAUAAGCGGAAUGAAGGGAACAUCUAACUUCCUCAGGUGAUAACACGUAGGUACGGAAGCCCGAUCGUGCCAGGUUUCUAAAGUUCAUAUAUUUCUUUUAUUGCGAAAUAACGCAAUACUAUUGCGAAAUAACGCCGAUUAGCUUGUUGACUGUGUAGGUCUACAUGGGUAAAAUAAAUGAAUUUUAUAUUUUUUUCAAAACCUAAGCCGUGGUCAUUUGAAACAGUGUUAUGAUAUAAACUGGCCAUGGUUACAUGAUCUAACUUCCAUUGUCGAAAUUAUGAAAUACAUCCUGUCGUGUUUAAAACAUUUAAGUAAACCCACAGUCACCCUCAUCAGGAAACCAACAAACCAACAAUAUGGCCCGCUGACAUGCGGACUUUCACUACGUGACUUUCAUGCCUAUGAACCAUGGGUUCAAAGCAAAAACAAGUUAUUUAUCUGGCUGCAAUUAGUCUCCUGGAAUUGAAAACCCGGCACCCAUGUGCAUUGGAAGUCCAAUAUCAAUA